AACGACGUCAUCAUCGGCGUCGCUUUCGGUUCAUUUCUAUGCGAGAACAAACAGUUCUUCGCUCAGUGGUUGCACUAUGGCUUGCAGACAUACCUCAUAGAUGGCAUGCGCGAGGCACUGCUCUGGCUGAACAGCUGGCCUGCAGGUCUCAAGCUCAACACUGAGUUGAGUCAAUUCUACUGCCACUCCCUCGUAGGCUUAGUCUCUGUGUGGGGAUGGCUGCUCGAACAUGCUGCGCCUUGCUUCCCCGCCCUCGUCUGGUUCAUCGGCGUGGGUGGCUGUUGUGGAAUGACGAUGAUCGUCUCCCUCCUCUCCGAUAGUCUUAGCGUGCUCAUGGCGCACCUAUACGUGUGCUACUACCUGUCCGCCACGGUGUUCAGCCAUCAGCUUGGCCUCGCAGGCUCGCUUUGGAAUCUAUUCCGGGGGAAGCGGUACAAUGUCCUGCGACACCGGAUCGAUUCUUGGGACUACGACAUGGACCAGCUACUUCUGGGGACGAUUUUGUUCACUUUGCUCGCUUUCCUUUUGCCGACGGUCUUGACUUACUAUGCGCUCUUCGCUACGGCGAGGUUGUGUGUCAUCAUCGUUCACGCCAUGUUCGACACUAUCACCGCUCUGCUCAACCACUUUCCGCUGUUCGCGCUCCUACUGCGCCUCAAAGACCCGUUGCGCCUACCAGGUGAAUCAAGCUGCUUCGCUUUCGCAGCUCCAUACUCAAUGUUGGCAUAUUCCCGUGCAGGCGGGGUCUUCAUUCAACGCUCAAAGACCGGACCCUUGCUUCUUUCAAGCCAGCCCGCCCCGUUCUCGUCGAUCUUCCGACAUUACGCACACUUGGCAAGAAGGCUGAUUACACACUACCAUCCCUUGCGCAUGCUGCGUCAGCUGGCUUCUGGACGGCUGCUGAGUCCUAUCUCUCGAGAAGCGAUACGAUACAGCAUGGUUCCGACCGAAGAUGUUCUGAAGAGAUAA